AUGGAUCCCAGAGCCCGGCAGCAGCUGCAGCCGAGCGGGGCCCAUGCCCAGCGCCCGGGCAGCAGAGCAGAGCCCCAGGACCUUCCUCCCCGCCACAGCCACCUCGCACUCAGCUUCCUCCUCCUCCUCCUCCUCCUCCCUGCCGAAGCCUGCUGCAAGUUUCUGCCCCCUGACAGCCGCAGCGCUGCUCGCAGAGCGCCCCCCGAGCACAGCCCCCUCCGGACCCCCCCCCCCCAGACCAACCUCCCCCCGGGGGCCACCUUCGGACCGCUCCGAAACUGCUUCAGCUCCGCCUGGGCCUCUCCCCCGAGGGGCUCAGAGCGACCCAGCCCCCACCGAGGGGUUCAGAGCGACCCAGCCCCCACCGAGGGGCUCAGAGCGACCCAGCCCGACCCCCACCGAGGGGCUCCCCCGGGGCGACCCCCACCGAGGGGUUCAGAGCGACCCAGCCCCCACCGAGGGGCUCAGAGCGACCCAGCCCCCACCGAGGGGUUCAGAGCGACCCAGCCCGGCCCCCACCGAGGGGCUCAGAGCGACCCAGCCCGGCCCCCACCGAGGGGCUCAGAGCGACCCGGCCCCCACCGAGGGGCUCCCCCGGGGCGACCCCCACCGAGGGGUUCAGAGCGACCCGGCCCCCACCGAGGGGCUCCCCCGACCCGGCCCCCACCGAGGGGAUCGCCCGGCCCGGCCCCCACCGAGGGGAUCGCCCGGCCCGGCCCCUACCGAGGGGCUCAGAGCGACCCAGCCCGGCCCCCACCGAGGGGCUCCCCCGGGGCGACCCCCACCGAGGGGCUCAGAGCAACCCAGCCCCCACCGAGGGGCUCCCCCGGCCCCCACCGAGGGGCCCAGAGCGACCCAGCCCGGCCCCCACCGAGGGGCUCCCCCGACCCAGCCCCCACCGAGGGGCUCCCCCGACCCCCACCGAGGGGCUCAGAGCGACCCAGCCCCCACCGAGGGGCUCCCCCGACCCGGCCCCCACCGAGGGGAUCGCCCGACCCGGCCCCCACCGAGGGGCUCCCCCGACCCGGCCCCCACCGAGGGGAUCGCCCGGCCCGGCCCGACCCAGCCCCCACCGAGGGGCUCAGAGCGACCCAGGCCGGCCCCCACCGAGGGGCUCCCCCGGGGCGACCCCCACCGAGGGGCUCAGAGCAACCCAGCCCCCACUGA